GAGGAACUUUGGCAUGGUCAACCACAAAUAAAAUUCAAUCAUAGUCAGUCUCAAUUUUGAUAAGAGUUGUUGCGAAAAAUUACUUAUUGAUGGUGUUCUUCGCUUCGAUCUUUGUAAUGUGUUAGUGUAAACUUCUUCAUUCAGUGUUAAGUGGCGGAGGCAAAUAAGGAAGAAAGUGGCAUUAGGAAUUCCCUCACCGGUAUCGGAGAAAUUGGAGUGGACAGAGACAGAAAUUCUGUUCCUCACUUUGCAAUAAUAAUGAUAGGAAAGAAUCUGCUGAGUGCCGUGUUGACGCUGAGUUUUUUGUGGGCGACUAAUGCAGAGUUCGAGAACAAUGUUUGCCCUAGCCUGUGGGAUUAUCCAACCAUGAAAGACAACCCCAACUGCUGGUACGAUUUCGCAGCUGAAUCGAAAGUACCAGAUAUAAUAAAGAAAACUGGUUAUCCUUUUCAAGAAUUUAAAGUACAAACGAAAGAUGGAUAUAUCUUAACAUUAUUCAGAAUACCCAGUAUCCAUAGCGGAAAUAGUGGAAAAGGUCCAGUGUUCAUGUUACACGGGAUACAAAGUACUGCUGCCAUAUUUGUGAGCUUAGGGAGGCAUUCAAUAGCAUUUCUAUUAGCUGAUGCUGGGUACGAUGUCUGGCUUGGAAACUACAGAGGAACAGAAUAUUCAGAAGGUCACGCCACGUUGAAUGUAACGGAUAGAAAAUUUUGGGACUAUGGAGCAGAUGAAAUAGGACUGUAUGAUGUACCAGCCAUGCUAUCAAUGAUAAAACAACAUACCAGAAGGAGAGAUAUAAUCUACAUAGGUCAUUCACUUGGAACAACUGCUGCUCUCAUGUAUGCAUCGGAAUAUCCAGAAGCUGCGAGAAACACGGUUAAACUUUUUGUUUUUCUAUCCCCAGCCUACAAACUGAGCAAUAUUCCGUCUCCAUAUAAAAUAUUGUUUCCCUUAUUGAAACCAUUUAUGAGGGUUACCAGUAGCUUGAAUGUUGUGCAACUUCUUUCAAGAGGUUAUUCAAGAAGACUAACAGGAUCAACAUGUUUGGCCUCUACAGCAUUGAUGUUGUUAUGUUUGCAUGCGAUCAACAUUUACCUUGGACCUUGGACUCAAAUAGCUCCUGAAACGCUGCCAGUUUAUUUCAAUCAAUUGCCAGGUGGUACCUCCUUGAAGACUUUAACUUAUGUAACUGAAGCAUCAAAAGGCAAAUUCACAAAGUACGAUUAUGGUCGAGGUCGAAAUAUGAUAAAAUAUGGUACGCCUGAACCUCCUGAAUAUAACAUAACAAAGAUUACUGUUCCAAUUGUCAUUUAUUUUGCACGAAAUGACUGGGCUACUCCAAAAAAGGAUGCCAUCAAUUUGUACAAUACUCUUCCAAAUAGAAUCCGGUAUGGUCUGUAUGAAGUUCCAGCCGAAAAUUUCAAUCACUUCGAUUUCCUUUUUGGCAGAAACGUCAAGGAAUUAGUAUAUGAUCAUCUUUUGAAACUUCUGGGCAGAGUAUCUGAAACAGACGAUCUUUUAGCAGGAUCUGAAAAGAAAAACUAGGAUCAAACCAAUUUAUAAUAGGACUACUCUAAUAAAUUUUAAUAUAUUGUA